AUGGCCCCACAACCGUUGGAACAGGGAGGUGCGGUGACGAGCUUCAUCCCAACGGGGCAAGAGAUGGCUCAACGACAGAAUUUAAUUCCACUAGGCCGCUUGAUUGAUUUCAUCAUUCAGCGAACGUAUCAUGAGCUGACGGUUCUAGCAGAAUUGUUGCCACGUAAAACAGACAUGGACCGCAAGAUUGAAAUCUACAAUUUUUCUGCAAGCACGAGGCAACUUUUUAUCCGUUUGCUAGCACUGGUAAAGUGGGCCAACUCCGCCUCCAAGGUAGAUAAGUCGGCCAAGAUUAUGGGCUUCCUGGACAAGCAGUCGAUGCUAUUCAUCGAUACGGCCGACAUGCUUUCGCGAGUGGCGCGAGAAACGCUUGUACAUGCCCGGCUUCCCAAUUUCCACAUUCCCGCGGCGGUGGAAAUUCUUACAACCGGUAGCUACUCUCGACUGCCUUCCGUCAUUCGUGAUCGAAUUGUGCCGCCUGACCCGAUCACACCUACCGAAAAGCGACAGACGCUGCAACGCCUGAACCAGGUUAUCCAGCAUCGCCUAGUGACAGGGAGUUUGCUGCCACAGUUGCGCAAGUUCCGCAUAGAAAAUGGUCGCGUCACGUUCAAAGUGGACCACGAGUUCGAGGUUUCGCUAACGGUGAUGGGAGACGCACCUACCGUGCCUUGGCGACUGCUUGAUAUCGACUUCCUCGUCGAAGACAAGGAGACGGGUGACGGCAAAGCCCUCGUGCAUCCGCUUCAAGUAAACUACAUCCACCAGUUGAUACAGGGUCGUAUUGUAGACUGCACUGACGCUUUGGCGGAGGUCUAUACAUGUCUGCACUACUUCUGCCAAUCACUCCAGCUCGAGGUAUUAUACACUCAAACGCUGCGUUUGAUUCGCGACCGGCUAGACGACCAUAUCCACGUCGACGAGUACGUAGUUGGAUCACGGCUGACAGUUUCGUACUGGCGCGAGCUCACCAACAAAGACCCCAAAUCAGAGCUCGGCUAUCGAUUGACCAUUCAAACCGACCCGAACGACGCUGCCAAGCAACUCGCUAUUCUGCAUGUUCCCUCCAUUGGCAACAAGGAGGCCGAUAUUGCAGAUUGUGCCGUCCGGUCGGACUUGUUGUCCAUGGAGCGGCUGCUGGUACACACGGUGUACGUUCGAUCAUUGGCGCGUCUGAACGAUGUUAAAACCGAGCUACAGUUGUUCCUGAAGGACGUGGAAUAUCACAUUCAAGGCACUCCGGCCAUGCUGACUGUACCCGUACUGAAUCCGUGCCUACGUGCAGAACAUAUCUACAUCACGGUCGAUACCCAUACGGGUAUGUUGCGGUGUCACGUGCCAAAGCAUCUCGAUUGCCCUAUUAUGCCUGAGAUGCAGCAUGCCCUCAACAAUGAUUGGUCCAAGCUGCAGUACCUAAUCUCGGAGCUACGCUACUGGAUCACCCAACGAAGGUGCGAGAAGACCCUUCAGCAUCUACCCGCUUCGACCCAGGAUCGCCUACCGCUGAUAUACGCUUCUAAUCAUCCGAUUGCUAGAAUGGGACCUCACAAGGUGUUCAUUCAGCUCUAUCGACAUGCUAACGUUAUUUUGAUUGCUGAGUUGAAGGAAAAGAAAUCGUGUCCAAACGAAAUGACAUACACCUUCUAUCUGGUGUUGGUAAAACCGUCGUCUGUCGAGGAGGGACAGCCGCAGGAAGCGGCUUCCGUAGCUGGAUUGGCGUGUCAGCAAGCUUCCGGUGGCCAGGCAACAGUCAACGGUGCGACGACGGAUACAAUGCCAAAGAUGUACCUUCGCGUGCUGUCCAUGAUCGAGUUCGAUACGUUCGUGGCCACGCAUGGCCCAGGUACGUACAUCGACGAUCCGAUCUCAGGAAGCACGAGCAAACGUAAGCUGUCCCCCUUGGACUGUGCUUUGACUGGGAUGGGGCCUCCGUUGAAGCAACCGAAAACCAUCUACCCGGCGUACUUUAUUCCGGAACUGGCGCACGUGGUUGCGAUGUGUGACGAGAAACUUCCGUUUGUCACCCUGGCGAAGGAGUUCACGCUUCGCAAGAUCCCACACGGUGGUUUGCAAGUGGAGGCGAAUGCGACUUCGCUCGUGCUGAAGCUUUUGACACUGCCCCAACCUAAGCCCCAGCAAGUGUCAUCCAUAUCCCAACAGCAACAGCAGCAGCCACAGCAACAGCAGCAACAACAACAUCAGCAACAGCAUCAUCAACAGCAGCCGCAACAGCAACACGGAAAUGCUGGGUCGGAUGGCAAGGCAGGAGCCAUGGCUGGAAAUGAACCGAAAACUUUCCACGUUCCACCGAUUGACAAGCACGUGUGGAAUGCGUUGCUCAAACGGUUGUUGUCGGUAUCGGUGCGGGCACAAGUCAAUAAGAGCAAUCAAACGCGGCUCUGGACGAUUGAACUCGUCUUCUAUGGGUCGCCGCUACCGAGCAUGCAUCACAAAGAGCAGGGUAUGCGAAGAGCGGUCUAUCUCCAAUACGAGAUGCAACCGGUCGAGUCGGUCUCGAAGGUGGUCGAUCUGCUGCUUAGCGACUGGUCAAAAAUCGUAUACUUGUACACAUUGGUGCACGAGUUCCGCGAGCAUCUCAACAAUGAGAAGCACAACCUGCAGAACAUGGUAGCGAUCAAAUCGUACAAUUAUACCAACCUCUUGCUCGCAUAUGGUCCUAACAAGGAGGUGAGCGUGAACAUCUGCUGGGAUACCGAAGCAAAGGAGUUUCGGCUUGUCUUUACCGGCGGUAAUAGCGCGAUCAACGCGCACUCUAUGAUGCGUGAUCAGCUACAAGCACACUUGAACCACAACUACAGCCUGGCACAGAUCGUGCACAUGCUACACGAAACCUACCAACCACUCGGUUCGAUAGCCAAGCUGCCAAUUAUUCCGCACCUAGCAAUCUUGCAGUCGCCCAAGAUUCCAGUGCUGUCGUUCUGCAUUAUCCCGCAAUCCCCAACGCUGUUGCGUAUCUCCUUCCAGGGUGUAUAUUGCCUUGAAGUACGGUUCCGAGGUGGUGGACUCUGCACUAUCCGGGACGGUGCGUAUAGUCGAUUCGACCGGAGCAACGUGGUGGAGGAGUUCACGCCAACUCAGGGCUUGAAGGGUUUCCUCUCGAAAUAUGUUGAUGAGACGGCCGUCUUUCGGAGGCGCUCACAGUCUGAGGACGACAAUCCACCCUCUCCGGUGACGCUGGAAGACCCGUCCGGACUUGUCGGUACCGUUGGUGGUGCUGUUGGAGGAAGCGGAGGCACCGGAGGGAGUAGCACUAGUGGGACUGGUUCGAACACAUUCCUCGUUGGAGCGACUGGUAUGCGUGGUCCGCAGAGUCCACGUGAUCCAGGUCUUCGUUUUGCGGCGCCUCUAACACCGCCGACCAGUUCGAAUCCGCACACUCCAGCCAGUCCGCACCCGAUUGGUGGGAGCGCGGGUGCCAAUAACGCUGGUGGUGGUACAAGCGGAGCCGGUGGCCAAGGAGGGCAACAACAAGGUCAUUUAAACAACUUCAAUAUGACAUCCCCGCCAGCUUCGCACAUGCCGCACCCGUCACCAAGCGGAGGUCUAAUGCCGUCUUCUCCUUUGAACGCGCAACCCAGCCCGAUGGCUGCCCACUCUCCCGGACCCAGCAGUUUGUCGUACAUGCAGGGCCACACCGACGGCAGUCCGUUCGCAGCCCUGUCACCAGCUGCUUCUAAUUGGCCCGGCUCGCCGGGAAUGCCUCGUCCUUCGCCGCGUCCUGGUCAGAGCCCCGAACAUAAAGUACAAACACCUCAUCACUAUACAUCUCGUGUCCUGCCGGCUCGGUCUUGGGCAGGAGCGAUCCCGACCCUGUUAACGUACGAAGCGCUUGACACUCUCUGCCGAUCGACGCCACAUCCACAAAAAGAAGUACCAGGUCCAGAGCUUAGUCCGCUAGAACGUUUUCUUGGAUCGGUAUUUAUGCGCCGACAGCUCCAGCGUAUCAUCCACCAAGAGGAGAGCUUAAUGGCCAUCACAUCGAAUGAGCCGGGCGUCAUAGUGUUCAAAGCGGACUGUCUGCAGUAUCAGGUGUUCCUUAAUCCGAACCAUAUGCAGUCGCUACACCUAAAGGUGAACCAAUUGCCAAUGGGUCCGAUGAUGGACGGUAAACCCCCAUACCAGUGGGCGGCCGAGGACCUCCAAAUUCUGGAGCAAUUCUUUGACCAACGUGUGGCAGCCCCACCUUAUCGUCCCGCCGUGAUGACGAGCUUCACACGGAUGCUGAACCUUCCAGCCAAGGUGCUGAUGGACUUCAUUCAGAUCAUGCGACUUGACCUGAUGCCGGAGCUGGUGCAGGGCAAUAAGUGGAACGUGCAGUUUGUGCUUCGGGUGCCCCCGUCAGCCACACCCAUCGUCCCCGUCGGUACGACCACAAUCUUGUCCCACCGACAGAAGAUUCUGUUUUUCAUUCAGAUCACGCGUGUCCCCUAUCUCCCGAACAUGGAGUGGAAGGACGCGGUUACGAUGCUACUCCCGAUGGUGUACGACAUGAAUAUGAACCACACAACGUUGGCCGAACGGCGGGAACCAAUGCCACCGCAGCUGACGAGCGCGGUAAGCGCGCACCUGCGUCGUUUCUCUGAGUGUUCCGUAUUGUUACCAGAUGAGUGUUCUCUCUUCCCGGCCGUGCGGGAUCUACUGCUAACGCUCACGCUACCUAACGAACCGCCCGCACCGAGUCAGAUGCAGAUGCAGCUUGGCGGUGUCAUGCAACCGGGAGGCCCGGUGGGAGGUCCUGGCGGACCGGGUGGACCGAUGGGUGGACAGAUGGGCGGCGGUCCAUCGCCUCAGGUAGUGCCUCAAGUUGGAUCUAGCCCGAGCCCCAUGAUGCAUUCACCGAUGCAGCAGAUGGGAGCCGGUGGACAACAGCCCGGUGGAUACGUUGGAAUGGUCGGUCCGGGUGGAGGGCCGCAGGCAGGAGGACCGGGUGGGGGAGGUCCCGUAGGGCCGAAUUAAGCUAUAGAUCGCCAACCUACAGUUCCGUUAAUGGAGCAGUGUA